AUGGCUUCCACUCUCAACAACAUGUUUGUUCUCAUGACAUCCCUUGUAGUUCUAACCAUUUCCUUUCCCUCCAUUGCCAAAGCAGCUAGGCCUCUGAACCAUAUUGGUUCGAACCUCGCCGCGAGGCUAAAACUCGAGGACGGAUCGUCCACGUGCUGGGAAUCUCUGUUACAUCUCCAAUCAUGCACAGGCGAAGUGGUACUGUUCUUCCUCAACGGCGAGACGUCCUUGGGUCCGGCUUGUUGCAAAGCUAUAAGGAUCAUAGAGCACGAAUGCUGGCCGGACAUGUUGAGCUCCCUAGGAUUUACUACUGAAGAAGGUGAUAUUCUUCAAGGUUACUGUGAUGCUGCUUCUGUUCAUUCUCCUCCGGCACAGAAUCCUCCUCUUCUUCCUCCUCCUCCUCCUCCGCCGGCGGUGAAAAAGGUGGCCGUUGGAGAUGUUACCUCUGGAAACUUGGUUCCUUGA